UGUUAUUGAUUUUAUUACUGUAGUUGUUGUUGUCGACGAGAAAGAAUUUUUUUAUCACUGUUAGUAAACCAAAAACAAAACUUUUUCACACUGUACCAUGAAAGUAGCCGUAUUAGGAUGUGGAAUUUUAGGAGUGAAAAUUGCAGGUGCCCUGGCAUACCAUGGUCACAGAGUUAAGAUGUAUGAUAACAAUACAGAAACACUCAAUAAAGCCUACUCCGUCAUUGAAGAAGAUAAAAACAUGCUCCGACAAGAAGGACUGCUGCUACAAAAGAAUUUCCUGGGAACAAUAUAUUACCUAAGUGGCCUCCAAGAAACAGUCAAAGAUGCAGAUUUUAUAUUCGAAGCAAUUGUUGAUGAUCUUGAGAUGAAACAAGACUUAUUUCAAAGUGCUUCACAAAUGUGCAAGAAUGAUGCAGUGAUUGCCACAAAUUCACUCAAGUUCCACAUCUCAGAUAUUGCCAAGAAAUCUUCAAACAAAGAGCAAAUGAUUGGUUUAAGGUUUUUAUAUCCUGUCUAUUAUAUACCUGAAGUUGAGAUCACUCUGAGCCAGCAGACUUCACCCGAAACUAUUGAAAAAGGAAGAAAGUUCUUGGAGAAAAUGGGGAAGACAUUAUUCUUCAGAUCUGGCAAUGAACCAUUGAUUCUUAAGGAAGAGGAAAAGGAAACGAGAAAACAACUUCGUCUAGAACAGAUCAAAAAUUCAUUUGGAAUGACACACUUAUUUAAGAAAACAGUUCCAAAACUUUCCCAUGAUGGUAAUGAAGCUCCUUCACAAGAUGAAGCUGAGGGUAUCCCAUGCAUUAGCAGCGAACAAGACUGUGCCAUCUGUAUGGCCAACACUCGGGACUGUCUGCUCUGUCCUUGUCAUCACAUGGUCACUUGUUAUGUUUGCUCAAACAUGCUUCUCAACAAGCAGGAUGGAUGUCCAAUAUGUCGAAAAGACAUCACAGAAAUUGUCAAAGUGUAUCAUUCAUAGACAUUAUUGCACUAACCAUAACACAUUAUAAUCACACAUAUUUUCAUUAUAUUCAGAUAUAAAGGAGCAGCAAGCUGGUGGAAUCAUUAGCAUGCCAGACAAAAUGCUUAACAGCAUUUCUUUCAAAUCUUCAUGUUCUGAGUUCAAAUUCUGCCAAGGUUGACUUUGACUUUCAUCCUUAGAAUAAAGUGCCAGCCCAGCACUGGGGUUGGUGUGAUCAACUUGCCCUCUCCCCUCAAAAUUUUUAGCCUUGUGCCAAAAUUAGAAACAGUUAUAAAGGCGGUGAAUUGGCAGACUCAUUAACAAUGCUGGAUAAAAUGCUUAAGAGCAUUUCAUCUGACUUUAUGUUCUGAGCUGAAAUACUGCCGAGGUCAGCGUUGCUUUUCAUUCUUUUG